AUGGAGAACUCGUCUCUUUGGACUAACUUGAGCCGCGUGUUCUCGGAGCUGGACGGAGCAGCGGAGGAGGAGGACGAGGAGGACGCGGCGGGAAGCGGCGGGCUGCGCGUGCUCGUGGGCUGCGUGCUCUUCCUGCUGAUCGUGUCCACGCUCCUGGGGAACACUCUGGUGUGCGCGGCCGUUGUCAAGUUCCGUCACCUCCGCUCCAAAGUCACUAACUUCUUCGUGAUCUCUCUGGCCGUGUCGGACCUGUUCGUGGCCGUGCUGGUGAUGCCGUGGGAGGCCAUCACAGAGGUGACGGGCACGUGGCUGUUCGGGCGCUUCUGUGGAGUGUGGAUCGCCUUUGACAUCAUGUGCUCCACCGCCUCCAUCCUCAACCUGUGCAUCAUCAGCGUGGACCGCUACUGGGCCAUCGCGAGCCCCUUCAAGUACGAGCGCAAGAUGACCCACCGCGUGGCCUUCGUCAUGGUCGGGGUGGCCUGGACCCUGUCCAUCCUCAUCUCCUUCAUCCCCGUGCAACUCAACUGGCACCAGGAGGUCCGGGAGCAGCUGGAGCACGAGGUCCAACUGAGGGACAACUACAGCCUCAGCUACAGUGUGAACAGCAGUGGAGGCGGAGUACAGAGCUGCGUGGCUAACCUCAACCGCACCUACGCCAUCUCAUCCUCCCUUAUCAGCUUCUACAUCCCCGUGCUCAUUAUGGUGGCCACCUACACCCGCAUCUACCGCAUCGCCCAGACGCAGAUACGACGCAUCACCUCGCUGGAGCGGGCGGCGGGGCAGGCGCAGCACCAGCAGACCCAGGACCUCCGGCUCAACCACGCCCAACAACCGCACCACCGGCCCCACGACGAAGCAUCGCUCAAGUCCUCAUUUAAGAAGGAGACCAAGGUCCUCAAGACGCUUUCGAUCAUCAUGGGCGUGUUCGUGUUCUGCUGGUUACCGUUCUUCGUCCUUAACUGCACCGUGCCAUUCUGCGAUCCACCGUGCGUUAGCGACACCACUUUUUCUGUUUUUGUCUGGUUCGGCUGGGCUAAUUCCUCCCUCAACCCCGUCAUCUACGCCUUCAACGCGGACUUCCGAAGAGCAUUCACCACCAUUCUGGGCUGCAACCGGAUUUGCUCCAACAAUGCAGUGGAAGCGGUGAACUUUAGCAACGAGCUAGUUUCAUACCACCACGAUACCACCUUGCACAAAGAGACCCUGGUGCCCUCCCAGACGGUCCAACAGCAGCUACCACACGUCAUCAACAUCGAGGGGGAGGACUGCUUGGAGGAUUUGGGGGCAAGGUUCGAUGAGGAGUCUGUGAUUUCGAACUGCUCGCGUGAACAUAACAGACUGCUGCUGCUGCCGGCUAACCUCCAGCUAGAGGACGACCUGGAGAUCUCCCUGGACACCAUUACGCCUUACACCCCUGCUAACCCCCUGCUGUGCGAGUGUGAGCCGCUCAUACCGGGACAGGUGCAUCAGGAGGGGUAA